AUGAUAGUUGAAAUUGAAACAAAAGCACAAAAUCAAUAUCCUUUAUUACCAACUGGUUGUGAAGUUACAGCAACAUCAAUAUUAUUAAAUUCAUUAAUUAAAAGUCAUAAUUUAAAUAUUAGUACAUAUAAAAUUACAAAUGAAUCAUUAGCAGAUAAGAUUAUAAAAGAACAAGACCCAGACCCAAUUACAAAUUUUUGUGGUAAUCCAUAUCGUGCAUUUAUUGGAUCACCUUAUUCAAAAGAAUCAUUUGGUAUAUUUCAUAAACCAAUUUAUAAUUUAAUAAAAGAAGUUAUAUAUCAAGAUAAUGAAAAUCAACAUAUUGAAGUAAUUGAUUUAACACAAACAAAUAUAAAUAAAUUUAAAUAUUUAAUUAAACAAAAUGAAACUAAAGAUUAUAUUGAAUCAAGAUUAAAUUAUUUUGAAAAUGAUGAUAAUAAUAAUAAUAAUGGUGAAGAAGAUUUUGAAAUUUUAAAAAAUCAUAUGAUAUUUAAUAACGCACCAAUUAUAAUUUGGAUGACAUUAGAAUUAAAAGAACCAAAAAUUACUGAUGAAUGGUUUGAUAUUAAAAAUCAAUCACAACCACUUUAUUGGGUAUCACCUGAACAUUGUGCAACCUUAUCAGGAUUUGAUGAGAUUGAAAAUGUUGUAAUAAUCACUGAUCCACAUACAGGUAAAAUUGAAAAAUAUCCUAAAAAUUUAUUUUUAAAAAGAUGGAGACAAUUAGGUAGACAAGCUGUAUCAGUAAAAUUAAAAUAA